AUGGCCUCCACUAAAGCUGGUAAUCCGAUUGACUGGCAGCCCGACACUUUUCGCCCUUCAGCAAACUUCGAGCCUAGUUUAUGGGGUGAUCGUUUCAGUUCAUUCCAUCUAGAUAACCAGGCAUUUGAAAUGUAUAGUAAAGAGGUUGAAGUGUUGAAAGAAGAAGUGAGAAGUAUGCUAAUAGAUGCAGAAAGUAAAGCAUCAGAGAAAAUGAAUCUGAUUAACACAAUCGAACGCCUUGGUGUCUUCUAUCACUUUGAGAAAGAGAUCGAAGAGAAGUUGGAACAAAUCUUUCAUUCCCAUUCCCACUUGGAAGAUCAUGAAGACUACAACGAUUUGAGCACAGCUGCUAUUCAUUUUCGAAUAUUCAGACAACAUGGUUAUAACAUGUCUUGCGAUGUCUUCAACAAAUUUAAAGACAACAAUGGUAAAUUCAAUGAAAACCUUACCAGAGAUGUUAUGGGUAUGCUAAGCUUGUAUGAAGCUUCACAUUUGAGGAUAAAUGGAGAAGAUAUUAUAGAUGAGGCUCUUGCUUUCACAACCACUCACCUUGAGUCAAUGGUAACCGAUGAAUUAAGCCCUUUUCUUGCAAAGCAAGUGAUGCAUGCCCUAGAGCAACCCCUUCACAAAGGCAUCCCAAGAUUAGAGGCUAGGCGUUACAUCUCUAUAUACGAAGAAGACGUUUCUAAGAAUAAAUUGUUACUGAAACUUGCGAAGUUUGACUUCAAUCUGUUACAGUUGACACACAAGCAAGAAUUAUGUCACAUGUCAAGGUGGUGGAAUGACCUAGGCUUUGAAUCAAAACUUCCGUUUGUAAGGAGCAGGGUAGUUGAGUGCUAUUUCUGGGCUAUGACUGCGUAUUUUGAACCUCAUUAUUCCCUUGGACGGAUCAUACUCGCUAAAAUAAUUGUUAUGUCAUCAGUUCUAAAUGACAUAUAUGAUGAAUAUGGUACAAUUGAAGAACUCAAACUUUUUACUGAUGCAAUGCAAAGAGCGAUUAUAAAUCUCUAUGAGGAAUUCGACAAGGAAAUGACAAAGCAAGGAAGAUCCUAUAGCGUUGAUGGCUCAAAAUAUGCCUUUAAAGAGAUAGCGAGGAGUUACCACAUGGAGGCCAAGUGGUGUAAAGAAGGAUAUGUGCCAUCUUUCGAUGAGUUCAUGAGCAAUGCGCUUAACAGCGUUGGUUAUUACCUACUCACUGCAUCAUCCUUUGUGGGCAUGGGAGCAAUUGCUACGACUGAAACAUUUGGUUGGAUAAAAGAUAAACCUAAAAUUCUUGUGGCUUCAAGAACAAUUGUGAGGCUCAUGGAUGACAUAGUAGACUACGAGGAAGAUUUGGAGAAGGGACAUGUUGCUACAGGGAUUAUAUGCUACAUGAAGGAGCAUGCAGGCAUGUCAAAAGAAGAGCCAUAUGGUUGGCCAGACGAUUAUCGGCAUGUUCCAGCCUCUGAUUAUUGGCAUGCACCAACAGCCGCUGAUUAUUGGCAUGUUCCAACAUUCGAUUACCGGCAUGUUCCAGCAGUCGCUGAUUAUCGGCUUGUUCCAGCAGUUGAUUAUCUGCAGACGCCAACAGCAACCGAUUUUCGGCAUGUUCCAACAUUCGAUUAUCGGCAUGUUCCAGCAGCCACUGAUUAUCGGCAUGUUCCAACAGUCGAUUAUCGGCAAGUUCCAAUAGUCGUUGAUUAUCGGCAGACGCCAAUGGUCGAUUAUUGGCAAGUGGCAAAUCAACAUGUCACCCCCGUAUCACAACCUUCGGUACUUGGGGAGCAGCCGAUGGUCAAUCAGUCGUAUGGUUAG